AUGGUAGCAUCACCAAUAAUGAGGUAUACAGUGUACUUCCCCGAUACACCCUCAAAAUCUUUGUGAGCUUUAGCUAGGUUUAUAUCAACAAGGUAUUCCCCUCCAGUUUGCACAUCAGCUGUGUAGAAAACUUCGCCACCAUUGACAUGUUUGAAUAGAAUGAAUGCUUGAUGAGGUUGGACCAAACGCAUCGAAACCUUGCUCCUGACGGAGAACGACAUAUAUAACCGUUUGGUAAUGUCUGCUUCGAUCACCUUUUCAUACUUCGAGAACUGAGCAACACUAACUAGAAUGGCGCCGCUGGCGACAUCAUCUUUUCCAAGUGCACCAACUUUGAAAUCCUCUACCAUCACUUCAUCGGAUGACUUCAAAGUUGUGCUCGAACUGGUUAGUCCAACAUGUCGUUCGUCCUAA